AUGCAACAAUUCCCGUUACACCCUUUUGUAGAAUACCCAGUACAAUUGUAUAUCAAUGUUGAAAAAAAGAAUCAACCUUUCUUCUCGAAAGACAUGUUUGAGAAUAUUAUGUCAAGUCCAAUCACACCACGAGUGUCAAAGAAAUUAAACGAAGAGUCAAAGCCAUUCAAGUCUGACUCAAACUCAGAGAAGAGAUAUCCAAAAAUCAGAGUUUCACUUAAAGUGUUCGAAAAACUUAAAAGGAUUCAAAGUGAAAAAAAGUUUAAGUCUUUUUGUGAAGUCGUUUCUAGACUCCUUGGUUCAUAUGAAGAGACACAUUUAUCGUCAAUUGUCAAGAGUGAAUAA